GCAUUCCCUCGCCGUGGCAGCCCGAACUGGAACGGUAAUUAUAUUUUUACAUACCUUAGAAAUAACAAUUGUAUUAAUGGGGCAUUUAUAUAGUAGGUAGAAUAGUAAUGCAAUUCUUAACGCGGCUAUAUUUCAGGGAACAGCUCUUACUUAGCAAUGCGUUGGACGUUUGGAUCAAUUUCCUAUAGUUUAUCUCUGUGUGAAAUUACAACAGUCGUAAGAUACGGCGGAAGAAUUAACUACCACCGGUGAGGGAGAAACUACAUUGAAUUUUACAUGCGCAGUGGUGUCACCGAGAAGGCGUCUAUACAACGUACCAAGAUUAUCGAGUGUCUCCGGAAGUUGAGCUGAGCGGAUGUCUGUCUGCUGAUCCCUGUGAUGUCACUGCAUCUUGGAGAGCGGCACUCAGUGGCACCUGUCACCUUCCCAGUCCCCGUCCAGGCUGUCCGACAGGCAGGCGAUCUGUAACUGGCCAGGAACACAGACUGGGCUACGACUUGGGGGGGGCUGUCUGGAAACCCCACUGACAGUAAAGGGUAAGUUUACGUUCUCCAGAGGCUGCUCAUUGGCUCCAUACGUUGCCGCUCCCCUGAUGUCCCACCCACUCAGCACCACCCAACCAUUCACUGCCCAGAUCCAACGAUGGCCGUCGAUUGACGGGGCCACCGGCGAAUGCUAAGCUGACUAGAGAGGUUGGGGCCUGCCUCAGUCUCUUCUGAUUGGCUACUGGAUGGAAUUGAGGUGAAUGGAGCACAUGUCCAACGAUCAGGACCCUAGCGUAUCAGAGGGAGAAGAGAAACGGUGGCCAGAUGGGCCCAAGAGGAAAAGAAAGAACAGCCAAUGUUCGGUGAAGAGCAUGUCUGCGCUGAGCGCCGCCUCCGUGGCCGGCUACAUCCCCAGCUACCUGGAGAAGGACGAGCCCUGCGUGGUGUGCGGCGACAAGGCCACGGGAUACCACUACCGCUGCAUCACGUGUGAAGGCUGCAAGGGGUUCUUCCGUCGCACCAUCCAGAAGAACCUCCACCCGGCCUACUCCUGCAAGUACGAUGGCUGCUGCAUCAUCGACAAGAUCACCCGCAACCAGUGUCAGCUGUGUCGCUUCAAGAAGUGCAUCUCUGUGGGCAUGGCCAUGGACCUGGUUCUGGACGACUCCAAGCGGGUGGCCAAACGGCGCCUGAUAGAGGAGAACCGAGAGAAGAGGAAAAAGGAGGAGAUUGUGAAGACCCUGCAGACGCGGCCUGAGCCCAACGGCUCUGAGUGGGAGCUCAUCCACAUGGUGACCCAAGCUCACCGCCACACCAACGCACAGGGAUCCCACUGGAAACAGAAACGCAAGUUCCUGCCAGAGGACAUUGGCCAGUCCCCCAUGGUCCACACCCCAGACGGGGACAAGGUGGACCUCGAGGCCUUUAGUGAGUUCACCAAGAUCAUCACCCCCGCCAUCACACGUGUUGUCGACUUCGCCAAGAAACUGCCCAUGUUCUCAGAGCUGCCUUGCGAAGACCAGAUCAUCCUGUUGAAGGGCUGCUGCAUGGAGGUCAUGUCGCUCCGCGCCGCUGUGCGCUACGACCCCGAGAGCGAGACGCUGACCCUGAGUGGCGAGAUGGCGGUGAAGCGCGAGCAGCUGAAGAACGGCGGCCUGGGCGUGGUGUCGGACGCCAUCUUUGACCUGGGCAAGAGCCUGGCGCAGUUCAACCUGGACGACUCGGAGGUGGCACUGCUUCAGGCCGUGCUGCUCAUGAGCUCGGACCGCUCAGGCCUGACGUGUGUGGACAAAAUAGAGAAGUGCCAGGAGGUCUACCUGCUAGCUUUCGAGCACUACAUUAACCACCGCAAGCACAACAUUCCCCACUUCUGGCCCAAGCUGCUGAUGAAGGUGACCGACCUGAGGAUGAUCGGAGCGUGCCACGCCAGCCGUUUCCUCCACAUGAAGGUGGAGUGUCCCAACGAGCUCUUCCCCCCGCUCUUCCUGGAGGUCUUCGAGGACCAGGAAGUGUGACGAACAACCCGAGGCCGAGGUGGGACUGAAAGGACACGAGACGAAACGAGAGGACAGGAUUUGCCCCCUCCAAGCUUUUGUUUUGAUUUCGGAAACUACAACUGCAACAGCCUCCGCGUCCAGCACAGUUGUCACUGAGAAGCUAAGAAAUCAGGAAAAAAGUCGGCCUUUUUUUUUCCUUUGUCGUUUUGAUGAUUCGUUUGUGUUUUGUCCUGCCCUCUGGUCGUGCGUGAGCAAGGCUGCAGCAGAACAGGUAGAGUUCUGUGUUAGUGGACAGCAUAUGGCGACACACACAAACACACAUCUUUAUUUGCAGUAACACCGAAAGUCAAACUUGUCACACACAAUUGGAAACAUGGUUAAACUGUGUGCACAUAUAGCUGAGCUGGUGGAAGUUAAACCCAGAGGGUCGUUAGCUGAAUCCUUCGCCCAGCCUUGAGCCCUCUUCCCUGGGCUCGGUCUGCUAUAUGCCCCUCCUUACCAUCCUCCACUGGAAGCAGGGUGCGAAUUACGGGGGGUUGGGGGGGUCUGACUCCCCCUAAUUAAGACUUGGACCCCCCCCCAAAAAAGGUAAAAACAACAGGUCGGGGGGGUCGAUACAUGCCCUGGAGAAGAAGUUGACCCCCCCGAUUGUCAUUGUAUAACUCGCACUCUGCCUGGAACCAUACCAAGUGUGUCACCCCUCUCCCAUGGACCCUCCCACCCACUGUGCAGGGCAAGGCUAUGUUAGCCAUGGGAUGUUCUUGGGAAGCUACCUCCAUUACUCUCUCAUACACACACACACACAUACAUAGUGUACAUACAUACAUAUAUACAUACUAUGCAUAGAUACAGUACAUACAUACAUUGGAUACAGACCUACAUACAUACCUCUCAGUCUGCAUGUACUCUACAUCAGCAUGCCUGUAUACAGUACAUACAUACCUCUGUACCCACAUAUAGCGGUAAAAUCAAUGGUGUACCUCCAAGUCCUUUUCCACGUAUAUACACGUCUACCUGAAUACCUUCAGUAUACCUCUCUUCCUAAACAUACCUCUUUCUUCACCCCCCCGCCCCCAUCCUUAUACACACAAACUCGCAAACAUACACUCAGUUUGUCGUCGUUUUACCUCAUUUGACGUUUGUUGUCCACUUCUGUGUUGUGUCUCUAUCUAUCCCUGACUUCACCACCUCUCUGGACCUGGCUGCCGUCGCACUUUCCCCCCGCUCAUCACACAGAACUCCCUCUUCCUGGGUCAGGGUGGGACGCGGGCGAGUCACUUACCUCUCCUUUGGCUUCGCCGGAGGGCCGUGGGCACCUGAAGCCCCGCCUCGAAAUCCCACAAAUUCUACCUCACCCCUCAUCUCAGCGCUCAGUCACACACACACACGACACACAAACAAACAUGUGCGUACACACUUUCACAGUUGCGGAGAAUAUUUGCCAAUAUGUUUAUUUUGGGUCCCCUACUCCACUAGGCAGUACAGGUCUUAUAUAUCUCUCUGACAGUGUAACAGACGUGGAUCAAAAUAGCAGGCUUUAUUGUUCUCCCUUUUCUUUUGCGUUUGUCACACACAAAAAGGACCAGGAGUCAUUCUGGGUUUCCCUUUGUUUAAGACAGCAACUUCAUGGACUUUGUUUAAAGGAUGACUGACUAACUGCUGCUGGAAGAGACCAGUAGAAGCCAUGCCAGGAGGCCAGGCCAGGCCACAGCCACGUUGUCAUGGUCACCUGGACUUUUUUUCCAACCGUGGACGUAGUUCACAACCUUGUUCACGUAGCUGGACGGAUAGAGAGGUUUUACCUGCAGGUGGAAAACCUGAUGGAGGCGUAGCCAGUACAGACGUAGGACAUACUGUGUGCUUCAGCAAGUCCCAUGGGAAUGCCCCUCACCAGGCGCGAGCAAACGGAUGCUUCUGGAGGGUCACCAAGCCUUUGAGAUGACUAUCACACUGUCCUCCUCGGACAUCCACUCUUAACCGCUUAUCUUCUGCCUAGUGUGUUCAAGUCCCUCCCACCCCUCCCCCUCCUUCUCCUCGUCCCUCCCCCCCCCCCCCAAACUGCACUUACACUCACGCACAUUCACAGGCAAGUGAUUAGCCGUUUCUGUUUUGCACUUAAGCCCCUCGCACCACCCCAUCCUCGUAGCCCCAAAAUGUUCACGAGAGCCAGUUUGCCACUCCCGUCAGUGCUCAGCUUCCCAUCACCGCAGGUGAAGCGGCUCUUUGCUCGACAUCGCGGAGCCUCAGACCUCAUCCUGCGUGUCUAUCGAGGUGUAUCGUCGAGUUGGACUGUGCCCGCACCCCGAAUAUCCCACCCCAACUCCCCCCGCUUCCUUUUCGAACUGUUUGUUUUAAAAGCCCCACCUCCUGUCUCUAACCUCAUGCCCCCCCCCCCCCCCCUGCUCUUUCUCAAAGCCACCAAUGCUCUCAACAUACAACCUACAAUAGCUGGAGGUUUUAUCUAUGAUCCAAAACAUCAAUGGAUUUUGGCUCAUGUACGCACAUAGCAAUAGCAGGACAGGAAAUCACAUGCACAAUACGCAAUAUGUUGAGGCAUAAGUGAUUCCAACAGGCUUUAUUUGAAACCCAUUUUAGUGUGGUGGCAUUCUGUGUAAUAACCCUACUCUUAGCAACACUGUGAACCAUACUCUAGAUUAGGAUUAGUGUCUGUCUGCACAUGAGGGCAGAAUCGCUGCUCUCAGCUGUGUACAACGUGGACAUGUCCUGCUUCGGUUGAUGUUACAUCCAAGUGUUCCCUUGAAUGCUGUCCCUAUUUUUCAGACAGAACCAAUCGCACCAGCACAGCGGAACACACUGCCUUCAGACGCGCUCAAUCGCACCAGCACAGGAAAGCAGAGAGCUAUGUCUCUCUACUGUCUAGUCAGGAUGUCUAGUCAAUGUUCGUUUCUCAAGGCCCCUGUUUCUUAUGUCUGUCCCAACACCUGUGACCUUGGCUCCUGCCACUUUCCCUAUCUCAUAACACUACUAACUUACCCAGGGAAACACUUCUAAACAAGCAUCUUCACCUCGACUCCCCCCCUCCUUCCCUUGUCCAGACCCUCUUCCCUCCUGUUAACCCUACACAUCCAUCCUAUACCCCGCCCGCCCUAUGUUCCGCCCCAGACUUUGGAAGCACUUAGAAGACAUGAGGGAAGACAAUCCUGAUGACAUGAAUAUGUCCUCGUGAGGAAUGUAAAAAUGGUUUUAAACAGAGAAGUCCCAGAGUUUAAGAAGCUGUACACUGCAAGUGCACCGUGGGACACACAGGUUUGAUGUGUGUCACACUUUGUGGUUUAAACGCUGUUUGUCAGGCAACAGAGUGAUGCUUAUGUAAAAGCUCAGAGAAAGUGAGAGUAAAAAAUGACUUUGGAACUGUAAGUUCUUAACUGUUGCUUUUUUGUAUUCUUGUUUUCUUUUCUUUUUUUGCAUUUGAUUUGAUAUUGAUAUUGGUAAGUUAAUGUUCAUGUUGUGUCUUUAAAGCUUGAUUGAUGCUUUACCGUGUAAAACAGCUGUAUGCACUUUCUGACCAUCAGUGCAGUGUUAGAUAGUCAUGAAACUUCACUCUGAUCACAGCUGCUAUGUAAUAUUGACGGCUACAGGUUGGGAGGUGAGCCUUACUGCUGAUCUGGGUCCUAGUGUACCUAGGUUGUGUGCACCAUCCUAAUGUUAAUCUUUAGAUGGUUCCUAGUUCAUCUGACUGCAGGUUAGCAGUUUAGGGGCAACUUUUUCCUGCGUUAUAUCUAGCCACCAUUUGUCUGUCUUAAUGUUAACAGAAGUAUUACUUUUUCUAAGAAAACGUAUCACAGAUGAAUUUGGAGAGAGAAAAACACAAAACAUAAACCAAAAAAAAGAAGAGAGAUUUAAACAACGGUUCAUACCUCAAACAACGGAAUUAGCAUCAGAACGAAUGGGGAGUUUCCAUAGCUGACAUGCAAGGACUGUGGCUGUGUGUGUGUUCACUCUAAAGUUUAAGUGACACCCGUCAGGAACCUUCCUUCUCCCUCCUCAAGGUAUCUGUCACUCACUGUCCCACUCCCCCGCUGUCCUUAUUUUCACGACAUCUUGCGGUGUCCUCUACAACCACGUCCUCCAUUUGUCUCACAGCCAUCAGCUGACAUUCUAUCAGAGUGCAAUCCUUCCAGAAGAUUCCUAAGACGCAGCCAUUCUGGGUAGAGGCUCACUGUUGAAUGUAGCUAGACAGCUAGUAUGGAGAUUAAAGCACCAAUCAAAUCCAUGUAAAAACCCACUAAGGUUGCACCUGUUCGUCUGGCUUAUUUGUGGUCUCCUUUGUAAUCAUCACUUGUCACAUUUUUUGGUUUGAUUGUACAGAUUGUUUAUGACGAAUGGCAUAUUCGAAAAUGUCAACUCAACAUAAAAAUGUUAGACAUGUAGUUCAGCAGGUACACUGUUGCAACAUUUUCAAUUGAUGUUGGAAGCAGAGCACUGCUUCACCUCUCGUCUGUCUUUUACCUCAACUACUGUCCCCAGAAAGUUGGCUAUGCAAUGUGAAAGGACGUGUGUGGGGUCCCACUAAUAUGAAUGAUGGACAAGAAGCACUUAUCAAACCUGCUCGACUGUCAGAAUAGCCAUGUUUCCUGUCUCAGCGGAACCCUCUGUUCAAAGCCUGUGAAGUCAGUGAGAGACGUGUACCUGAAGCUCAACUCUCGGUCAGGUCCAUCCGUGUCUCUUAAGAAAACGAAAAGACAUUGUUGCAUGUGCGUGUGUGUGUUUGAAAAGGUGGUGGAGAUUUUGUAAGAUGUAAUUCCAUUGGCUGUUUCAAAACUUUGCUUGUGCUAUGUGUCAUUCCUUUUUGACUGUGUGCGCCACUGGAUGUCUCAUGCACAAGCCUCCAGUACCCAUGAUGCUUGGUGUCUUUCCACUGCCUAAUUGUUAAUAAUUCCCUCACACACACAGGUACACCCAACUUUAGCACUUAAUGCAAUUUGGUAAUAUUUAGCAUCCAAGUAGCUCCUAUAUCUAUGUGCUUCUUACAUAAGUGUCCCAAUAAGUCUACCAGGCUUAAAGAAUACGUCCAAAUUUAAAGAUAAACUGAUAAGCUACGGCGUAUCACUUUUUAUAGCUGUAUCAAAAAUGACUUUGGAGUUGUUAAUAGGGCUUGUUAAUCUCUAUAAAAGGAAACAAGGAUGUCUUCACUUCCCCUCAUGAAUUGAAUCCUCAAUCCCAGAUUAGUGGGUGUGGCUUGGCCGCCCCGGAACAGCAGCGGAGCUUCCAGUUGGAGCCGGAGGACACACAGAUAGUGCACAGGUGCACACUAGCUUUCACUUCACAGUCACAAUGGAGAGGCAGGCUGGAGGUGGCCUAACUCAGGUAUACCAGAAAACAUGGACCUUUUCACUUUAAUAAAUGAUUAUUGUUUAGACUC